AUGAUCAUCACGCAGCAACAAUUUUAUAGGGAGUUUCGGAAAAUAUGCAAGAUUUCAACAACACAUUCGACGUGUAAACUGGCAAUUUUCGUAUCAUGUUUUGACGUUGACUCAAUCUGUUCGGCUAGAAUGCUAAGCGAUUAUUUAAAAAGGCAGUUUAUAGUCUUUCAAAUAGUUCCAGUCAUUGGCUACAUUGACUUACGUGAAAAGUAUUUGAAGCUUGAGUCUGAAAUUGCAAAUGUUAUCUUGAUUGGGUGUGGUGCAACGGCUGAUUUGGAGAGCUUCCUUGAGAUUGACAUAAGUGAUUAUCUAGGUGACGAUAUGACUCCUGACGAAGCAGCUCUACUGAUACAUGAAGGGAGAUUAGGUGAUGUGAAACUAACGAGGAAGUUGUAUGUUAUUGAUGGGCAUAGGCCCUGGAAUCUGGAUAAUCUAUAUGGAUCUCCUAUUGUUUUGUGUCUUGAUGAUAACACCACAGAGGGGAUGAAUGCUGAACGAGAGGCUUUUUAUUUUCUAAUCAACGUUCCAGAAGAAGAAGAAGAAGAAGAAGAAGAAGACGAAGAAGAAGUAGAAAUUGAAGAUUUAGCAACUGAUAAUGAUGAAGAUAACGAUUUGAUACUGAAUGAACCCCUAGAAAGAAAAAGAACAAGACAGGCGCCCAAGGAAUCGAAAAAGAAGAAGCAAAAAAGAUUAGUGGAUGAGUACCAAGAAGUUCUAGAAAACUAUUACCAACAAGGUUCGACGGUUUCGAUACCUUCAUCGCAUCAAACAUAUGAUUUAUUAUCCACUAUUGGAGAAAUUAAUAUUGACUCACUCUGGUUAGCCAUUGUGGGUACGAGGUCAUUACGUGACGUAUAUAGAAAAGUUUAUGACCUGGUUUACCCGGGCUUGAAAAAUGAAGUCCAAAGGCUACAAGUUGAUAUAGACGCCUACACUAUGAGGUCCUCGAAUUCAAAUAAUGCAUUGAUAACAUCGUCAGCAUUGAAUUUUGAUAUCAGCAAAAAAGCCGAUAAUCACGGCUUACAGAGCUGUAAGGAAUAUACCCUUUUUUUGUUGCACUACUGGACAUUGUAUGACUCCUUCUUUUACUCGGAGUAUGUUAAUUCUAAAUGUCACUUAUACACCAAUGAUGGACGUCGGUUACUGAAAACUUUAUUUGCAAGGAUGGGAAUACCCUUAAUUCAAGCUACACAAAACUGGCAUUAUCUCGAUUUGGAGUUGAAGAGGAAACUGGAUUCACUUGUUCUCAGAGAGGCGUGGAAGUUUAAUUUAAGAGAAAUCAUCAUUGACGGAUUUAAAAGAAAUUAUGGGUUUCACGGCUCUAUAUCCUCAGGUGACUAUGUGAAUGCAGUACAGGCAUUACUAGAGCACGGCACGACAAGAUCAAUUACUAAAAAGAAAGUACAAUCCAAUCGAGAUGAUGAAAAUGGUGGACCAAGUGGAACAAACAAUGAAGACAAUGGAGAGGAGCAUGAGGAUAAAAAUCAGCAUUUUUUAAAUAGUUUCUGGAGAGCUUAUGAUUCAUUGAACAAUUAUUCAGAAAUCAAAAAGGGUAUGGAGAUUGCCAAGUAUCAGCAGCAAUUUAUAUUUGAAAAAGGUAGUGAAAUUAUCCAAAAGGGUAUGGUAAAGACACAGUCAAAAUUCCGAGUUGUUAUUUUGAAUGAGUCAUUUACAAUGAAUUCAAGUAUCACAAAGUCAAACAAUAGUGAUUCUACAUUCAACAAAUCUAUGUCUUCUUUAAAGGAUGAUAGAGUUGUAGAUAUAACGACGUUUGGUAAUGGAUCACAGAUGUUCCAAAAUCCGUUGAUUUUAACGAAACUUGGUAAUUGGAUCCUCAAUGUUCAGGCAGAUCUAGACGAAGGUGUGUUACCAUUGGUUAUUGGUGCGUAUAAUAGUGAAACGAAAACAUACCUAGUUUGCGGGUUGCCCUCACGCGCAAGCUUCGAUCUGGACGGUGAUGAAGAAGAAGAAGAAGGUGCUGAUGAUGAUGAUGAUGAUGCUGAUGAUGAUGAUGAUGAUAAUAGCAACACCAGUCGGAAAAAUCGAAAAGAUUCAAAGAAAGUGAAUAAACAACAUGUUAUUCUUAAUGCAUUCAGUGUUCUUUUUGAGAAAGUCACACAAGAAAUAAACAUCCAAGCACGGAUGGAUAGUUUCCAAAGUGCUAUAAUUGAGCUAAGAAAAGAGGACCUAACUAAGUUUUUGGACGGCUUAACCAGAUAUUCACAGUAUAUGUUGUAA